AUGGCGCAACCCAAUCUCUAUGCUUUCAGCGACGUCGAAAAUCUUGCAAAGACUCUAAGAACGUUCCAACUUGAUGAUAACACCACAAAGGUCGCUGUCUCGGGUGGAUCUCUCCCCGCAACUCUCGCGAAAGCAUUGCUACCUCAGGGCGACGGCAGCCCGGGAGACACUGUCAACUUCUCCAAAUGGGAGGUAUUCUUUGCGGACGAACGGGCAGUGCCACUUGAUCAUGCAGACAGCAACUACAGACUACUGAAGGAUGACUUGCUCGACAAGAUCCCCUCUGAUUUGGGAAAGCCGGCCGUUCGCACAAUCGACACCCAAUACCUGAAUGACACGCAAGAGAUGGCGGAUCAGUACCAAGAGACGCUCAUGAGGUCGUUCGCAGCGAAAGACAGCGUAAAGCUUCCCAUCUUUGAUCUGCUGCUGUUGGGAUGCGGACCGGAUGGGCAUACCUGCUCAUUGUUUCCAAAUCAUGAGUUACUGCGCGAAUCAGAUGCUUGGGUUGCUGCCAUAGAGGACAGCCCGAAACCCCCACCCAAGCGAAUCACCUUGACCCUACCAGUCGUGACCCAUGGGGUUAAGAUCGCGUUCGUAACGACGGGCGAAAGCAAGAAGGCGAUAAUCCGGCAGAUUCUUGACACGGACGAAGGACGCAGCUUACCCUGCGGUCUCGUGAAUGAGGGUGGGGCUGAACGGGUGAGCUGGUUCACUGACAAUGGUGCUGUGGAGGGUGUUGGCUUCCCACGUCGCGGCAGCCUUUGA